AUUUUGCAACAGUUUUGUUAACUAGCUACUUCCAUUCGUGGAGGCUGCAUUGGUAAAUAAAGUGCACGAAAGGGGUUAUUUCAAGCUGAAGAAAUAUUUUCAAGGACAAAACGAUGGCUGACCCAUCAGCGGACGUGGACGUUCCGGAAGGGGCAGAAGUUCGCAAACUGUCGGAGCUGAGAGUGAUCGAUCUGAAGGCCGAGCUGAAGAAACGAAACCUGGAUACCACGGGCGUAAAGAGCGUGCUGUCGGAGCGUCUGAAAAAGGCAAUCGAGGAGGAGGGUGGAAAUCCUGAUGAGAUUAUUGUGACUCCGGAUUCAGCACCAAAGAAAUCCAACGUUACAUCUAAACGGGCUGCAAGAGAUACCAGGCAAGAGAAUGACGAACCAGAGGACAGCACUAUUGAGGAGGACUCCCGUGAUGGGCAUGAGGAUCUGCAGGAUGAUCACGAAAACAUGCAGGAAAUGGACAUCCUUGAGAUGAAUGUGCUGGACGAGACAGAGAACGACAAUGGCAUACCAGCCGAGGACGAUGAGGAUGAAACAGAGAAUUUCCACGGAGAAGAUGAUGCAUUGAUGAAUGAAGAACAUGACAACCAAGCCUUCGAGUCAGAAGAUGAAGAAAGAGCUCUAGAGAUGGAUGAGUCUGACCUCCUAGAUAAGGAUGAAUAUAUGACAUGCUCAUCAGUCAGUAUGGCUCAGCAUCCAGAUGCAGACGACGUGAAAGAAGAAACAGAAAAUGACAAAGUAGCCGGGUCUUGUUUAUCUGAGCCACUUAAAGAAGAUCACCAGAGCCACGAGACGAGCCCUGAAGAAGAGCAAGCUGCCACCGCCAGAGGGGAAGACAGUGUGUCCAACACUGGUGCCAAGUCCAACAAAGCCACCUCUGGAGAUGUGGAGAGCGACAGAGAUUUUAUGGAGACUGACACCAAAGAGGUUGGGGACUCACAGAAUGUCCCAGAAGAGACAGUUGACACUGAAAACAAAAGCUCGCAGGCUGUUAGUGUAAGCGAACAGGGUGCUGUGGGUGAAACCGUUGAUUCAGAAAUGGGGUCUAAGAAGGGUGAGGAGGAUGAGAAGACAGAAGAGAAAGCUGCUGUGGAUUCAGCCUCGACAGUGAAAGAGUCCUCUUCUGUAGAGGGCGAUGAUCAGAAAAAGAGCUCUGAGGAAAAAGAUGGAAAGAUCGAGUCAAAAGAUGAAAAGGCCGCUGGAAGUGGUGCUGCAGCAAGCAGUAGCAGGAAUCUGUGGGUCAGCGGUCUCUCUUCCACUACCAGAGCGACUGAUCUGAAGACCCUGUUCAGCAAAUACGGCAAGGUUGUUGGAGCUAAGGUGGUUACCAAUGCUAAGAGCCCAGGGGCUCGCUGCUACGGUUUUGUCACCAUGUCUUCCACAGAGGAGGCCACCAAGUGCAUCAGCCACCUUCACAGGACUGAGUUGCAUGGCAGGAUGAUUUCAGUCGAGCGGGCUAAAAAUGAGCCAGCGGGGAAGAAGCCAGCAGACAAGAAUGACACCAAGAAGUCUGGCAGUGAGAGGAGACACUCCUCUGACUCCAAGUCUGACGGAAAGGAUGAGAAAUCUGAGGGAGAAGGAAAAGAUGGCAAAGGGCGAAAUGAGAGGACUGUAGUUAUGGACAAGUCCAAGGGAGAGCCUGUUAUCAGCGUCAAAACCAAAAGCAAGGAGCGAAGCACAAAGAGUCAAGACCGCAAGUCAUCGAGUAAAGAGAAGAAAGACAUCCUGUCAUUUGACCAGAUCAAGGAGCAGAGAGAGAGGGAGAGGCAGAGACAAAGAGAGAGGGAGAUCAGAGAGGUCGAAAGACGCAGAUAUACUGACCGUGACCGUGAUAACCGGCCAGACCGUGAGCGUGAGCGUAUCCGUCUGUUCAGGGAGAGAGAGGAGAGGAAACACUUGAUCCGGAAGAGACACUGGCUGGAGGCUGAGAAACAGCGCCUCGACGCAGACCGUAUGGAGCGACAGUUCCUGGAGCGUGAAAGGCUGCGUAUAGAGUACGAGAGGCGACGGGAGCAGGAAAGGAUCCUCAGGGAGCGUGAGGAGCUGAGGCGGCAGCAGGAUCAGUUACGUUAUGAACAGGAGCGACGCCACCUUAAGAGGCCUUAUGACAUGGAUGGCAGGAAAGAUGAUUGGCCUGAUAAGCGCAUGGCCAUGGAUGACCGCUAUGGCCGUUCAGACUUCGGUCGACAGGAACGUUAUCAGGACUUUGACCACAGAGACCGGAGCCGUUACCAAGAUGACAUGAUGAUGGACAGGCGGGACAACGCUCGUGGCAUGGGUGCAGACAGAGACGGUCAGCACUUCUCAGACAGGUCAGACAGACACAGCAGAGACGGCCGAGAGCCCUGGAGUGGAGGCUAUGACAAGCGGAUCAACCCGAGGGAAGGAGGCCGAGACUGGGAGUCCGGGCGGAAGAUGGAAGGAGACAGAACAUGGCAAAAUAGAGAUGGUGCUAUCCCAGGCCAGAGCCACAUGGCACGAGGAGGAAUGGCAGGCCGUGGAGGCUACAUGAACACAGGGACAUCGCAGUCCCUCUCUGGAGCUCUCAACAGACAGAACCAGCUGAUGCAGGGUGGUGGGCUUCAGGGUGGAGCUUUCGGUCGACGCUACUGAUGUCUGUCUAAUCGAAUAGUGAAUAGUGGGACUGUUUCAGGAGGUCAUGUCAUGAAGGAUGUGGCCGUCUUGUUUUUGUACAUUUUUUUAAAAUUUUUUUGACACAAUUCCAAUCCAUUUUUGAUCAAGACCUUUAUUUUUCGUGUUGCUUCUCCAUUUUAUUUUGUGAUGUAGUGAUCUCCUGCCUUUAUCAUCCAGUCCAACCUACCUUGUUUUAACACGACUGUCUGCUUACAAGACUGCCUUGUGUUUACUGUUUGGCCUCUGGUGGAAUCACGUCCCAGCUCUGUGUUGUAAAUUCAGAUGUUUUAUAGACACCUAGGUUGAUGGACCUAUGCUCACCAGUCUCCUUUCUGUAUCCCAGUUUGUGUCUGAAACAUUUUGGAAGUUUUUCAUUCUUGUUAAAGCAUUUUGUUGCAAAUAACUUGUUCAGAGCUUGAAGCUCCUUUUUGACAUCAUUCUUUUAAAACGGAUGGCUGGUUAAAAAUUUUCCCUCUGAAGAAAAGGUUUUUAAAUUAAAUGUCACAUUCUGAUCA